AUGAUGGCGUUAAAGGUGAUCAAGAUCUCCCCAGUUAGUCCUGCGAUCCCCUCUGACUCCAAUGGUGGUAACACCAUUGGAGAUGCUCUAAGAGUCACUGAGUCAUUUUUAGUGUGGCUAAAAAUUAAUACCACUAACCGAGUUAUCUUUUACAAACUCACUGAGUCAUCUCGCGACUUGUUCUACACCGUAACCCUCCCAAAACUCGAGCGAUCCCUUUCCCUCACCCUAUCGCACUUUCUCCCUCUCUCCGGUCAGCUCAAGCGGGACCCACAAGAUCCUAAGCCUUACAUCAUCAUCUCGCCACAAGACACCGUCACUCUCACAGUGGCCGAGAUCGACGCAGAUUUCUCUCACCUCUCCGGCAAAGGGCUCCGUCACCAGACCGAGUUACGCGCUCUAGUCCCCGAGUUACACGUUUCCUCUGAUUCGGCUUCUAUUCUAUCUCUGCAAAUCACGUUGUUUCCGAACGAGGGCGUUUGCAUGGGGAUCACGUCGAACCAUGCAGCCUUGGACGGCAAAACCGCGGUUAAGUUUCUCAAAUCGUGGGCCCACGUCUUCAAACACGGAGCAAUGCCUCAAGAUUUUCAUUUACCUAUGGUUUUAGAUCGUACGGUCGUCAACGUUCCAGCUGAACUCGAAUCCAAGAUCUUCCAGCUCCCGCAGGACAAAGCAUACGUAAGGUCCCUAAAGCUUCCUUCGACCAGAGAGAUCGAAGAUCUUGUCAGGAUCACGCUCGGGCUGAGUCAGGAGAACGUGAACAAACUUAGAGAGCGAGCAAAAACCGAGUCAACUCGCUCCGAUCUUCUUCACCUGUCGACUUUCGUGCUAACGUACGCCUAUGUAUUAACCUGUGUGGUUAAGGCACGUGGAGGCGACGCAGACCGACCAGUUCCGUUCAUGUACGUUGCUGAUUUUAGAGACCGGUUAGACCCGCCUGUUCCUGUCAGCUACUUCGGGAACUGCGUGAUGCCUAUCAAUAUCGCUGGAUACAAAGCAAAGACGUUUUUGGGAGAAGAUGGAUUCGUCAAUGGUGUCCACAUUCUCAGCGACUCCAUUAGAUAUUUGAGCUCAAGAGGGGUUGAGUCGAUAUGGGAGUUGUACGAGAAAGGAAUAAAAACUUUUGAUCCAAGUGUAGAGAAGCUGUCCGUUGGUGGGUCUAACAGGUUUGGGAUAUAUGGGUCAGAUUUUGGGUGGGGAAGACCCGUUAAUACUGAGCUCGUAUCUCUCAGUCGAAACAUUCUCUUCACUAUGUCUGAGAGGAGGGAUGAUACUAGUGGUGUGGAGAUUGGCAUUUGUUUGAAGAAAUGUGAGAUGGAUGCUUUUAUUCCUUUGUUUCAAAAUGGAUUGUAAAACUAAGAUAAUAUAGUUGUUGGUUUACAAGAUCUUUUACAAAUAAACUCUAGUUCGAGAUUUACAAGCAAGAAUAUAUAUAUGUCGUCAAAAAAAAAAAAUUUAGAUCAUCGAAAACGAGCUUUUUGAAAAACAAAUAAAACCCUAGAAAUAAAAGUUGAAGAGCUCAUAGCAAUUUAUGCCUGGUGUCCAAUUGUGGAUAGAUCUUCUUGGAAUGAUUUAUUCUUUUUAGCUUAUUUCCAUCUGUAAGUCGACGGCUACAUAUUUUUCCUUUACUACAUCUACAAUAUAUUUCUUACUUUUUUUUAAGUGUGUUUCUCUCAAAUGUACAUUUCUCUCAUUCCCUAUUUUUUUAUUCUAAUGAACACUGUUCAAAUAUUAAAAUAUACCCUAAUUUUAUAUGCAUUUUCGUAUUUUAGUGCAAGAAUAUUUAUGCUCUAUUUAGCUGGGCUCUAAAAUGUAAAGAAAUUGUGUGAAAAACUUGGACCAUGUGCAUUUUCACCUUAGGCACAUGCUUAAAACAGAUACUAAUUUCCAUAUUCGAAAACGCAGCUGAGGUGUCUGAUUAAACAACGGGAAAGCGCUGUCCGGUGAGCAAUCGUACCAAUUUUGACAUUGCCGGCCAACUACUCAAAAAUUCAAACAUAGUCUUUUUUUAAUUGAUUGUUUGAAUUUAGGUAUUCCAGUGUAAAUCUAAACUAAGAAAAACUAUCUACUAAUAAUAGCAAUCCCAAUUAAUUCCAAAAGUUGUGAAUCCAGUUAUAUGUUGAAAGGUUGUGUCUUUUGUAAAAUAUAUCAAAAAGAGUUGUGUCAUUUCAAAAAAGUUCAAUGUUGCAAAGUUGUGUCUUUUCUAAAAAUUCAUAUAAGUAUCUUUAAAAAAAUAAAAAGUUGUGACUAUUCCUAUAAGUAUUUUUUUUUAAAUAACUACCUUUAAAUUGAAGAGUUGUGACUAUUUAAAUUGAAGAGUUGUGACUAUUUAAAUUGAAGAGUUGUGAUUAUUCAAAUUGAAGAGUUGUGACUAUUUAAAUUGAAGAGUUGUGACUAUUCAAAUUAAAGAGUUGUGACUAUUCAAAUAGACUUUUGAAAAUCUUUAAAUAGUUUUUAUUCAAGCCUUUCUCAAAGUAAAAUUUUCACUAAUCUGAUAAAAUGGUGUAGAAAAAUAAUUAUGUGCAAUUACCUGAUUACAAAGUUUUAGAAAAUAUUCAAAUUAAUAAAACGUUGUCAACAAAAAAUAAUAUGAAGAGUUUUACGUGUUUGAAUAGCCAAAAAUUUACAAUGAAACAAU